AUGCAGAAGAAUAAUCCUUAUGUCGAGGACGUCGAUCCUCAAGAUGACAAAUCAAUUACCAGUGGUUUAAUUAACCGUAUCACUAGUCAGAAUAAUAAUGAAGAGAACAACAUCAUCGGUACGUAUGAUCCAAAUAUUAAACGUAGUAUAAGUAACAGAGAAGGUUCGAGCAUUCAACAUCGAAUUCCACCAACAAUUGUUGAAGAAUACAAGGAUAUUAAUCGUGUGAGUUCGUCGAGAAUAGGUGAACGUUACAAAAUAUAUGUAGCAGUUGGGAAGAGUAAAUCAAGCAGGGAUGCACUUAUAUGGGCACUGAAACAUCUUUUACAUGAUAUUCCUCCUUCGUUGUAUUCGUCGACUUUUAUCUAUCUUAUCCAUGUCUAUCCUGAAAUCCUCUACGUUCCAGUUCCAGUUGGGAUUGGGAAGUUGCAUAAGGAUACAGUGAAUCCCCUACUGUAUGAGGAUUACAAAAAUAAAAAGAUUGAACAAAGAAAGCAAUUCCUUGACGAUAUCUUGAGACUAUGUUCUGGUUGCAAGGUUAAAGUGGAUACUUUGUUGAUCGAGGGUAACGACGUAGCAAAGGCUCUCAUAGAUCUCAUUCCCAUCCUCAACAUUGAAAAACUUAUCAUUGGCACUAAAAAAUCAAGUUACAGGAAGCUGAAGAGACCACAUGGAAUAGCUGAUCAAAUAUUGAAGGCUGCUUUACCCGAUUCUUGUGAUAUUAAGAUCAUAGGUCAUGGCAAGGAACUGAUCGACAUUGAGUAUCCAAUAGACAUGUUUAAGGACAAAUCGCCAUUUUCUUCGUCACGAAUGAGCAGCAGUCACAGUAGGAGCACCAGUGGCACGAUUAUGGACAAGGCCUUAUCAUUAUCGCGGAUGUUCAGCAGUCGUAGUAGCAGCAGCAACGACGGUAGCAUUGGCAAUCUCACUGAUUUUGAUUCUUGA